CAUAGAGUUGGGACCGCACGCGGAGCCCUCGGUGGGGCGCUCUGGACCCUGGGAUCCCCUGCCCGCGCGGGAAGUCGCCCUGGAAACGCGAGGAAGCGGGCGGGCGACGGCCGGGCCAGGAGAGGCGGGCCUGCUCGCAGAUUGGGUCAGGCACGUGCAAGGGCAGCCCCCGGGGGCAGUCCCAGAGGCCCCCGCGCCGCCGAGGUCCUAACAGGCAGCACCGUCUUCCGCCGCACGUGGCUGCAGCGCGAUGCCCAAAUCCAAGCGCGACAAGAAAGUUUCCCUAACCAAAACUGCCAAGAAAGGCUUGGAACUGAAACAGAACUUGAUAGAAGAGCUUCGGAAAUGUGUGGACACAUACAAGUACCUCUUCAUCUUCUCUGUGGCCAACAUGAGGAACAGCAAGCUGAAGGAUAUCCGCAGCGCCUGGAAGCACAGCCGGAUGUUCUUUGGCAAGAACAAAGUGAUGAUGGUAGCCCUGGGUCGAAGCCCAUCUGAUGAGUACAAAGACAACCUCCAUCAGGUCAGCAAGAAGUUGAGGGGUGAAGUUGGUCUCCUUUUCACCAAUCGCACUAAGGAGGAAGUGAACGAGUGGUUCACGAAGUACGCGGAAAUGGACUACGCCCGGGCUGGGAACAAAGCCACUUUCACCGUGAGCCUGGACCCGGGGCCCCUGGAGCAGUUCCCCCACUCCAUGGAGCCGCAGCUGCGGCAGCUGGGCCUGCCCACGGCCCUCAAGAAAGGUGUGGUGACCCUGCUGUCCGACUACGAGGUGUGCAAAGAGGGCGACGUGCUGACUCCAGAGCAGGCCCGCGUCCUGAAGCUUUUUGGGUAUGAAAUGGCUGAAUUCAAGGUGACCAUCAAAUACAUGUGGGAUGCCCAGUCCGGGAGGUUCCAGCAGAUGGGAGAGGACCUGCCAGAGAGCGCGCCAGAAGAGUCGGAAGAAGAAUCAGAGGAAGAGGAAGACGACGACAGCUGAUGGGCACUUAUGACGGGGCUGCCGGGCCCGCGGGCCUUGUGUGGACUGGAGCCCGUGGGGCUGCCCCUGCCCUCGGAGGCCGCAGCCCUGUGUUCUGCUGUGCGUGUACACAAGGGAUGGUGACCAGGACGACUACUUUUCUAUAAUUGAUGAAACUUUGGCAGCAGGGGGUCUCCUGCAAAAGGGACUUUUCUUAGGAAAAAAGCCUUUGGGUUUGGGCUUUGGUUUGGACUCCCAGGAUUCUUUGUUCACCUCAAGCCAGUGUCCAGCACUGGCUCCUGUGUGACCACCACGGCCAGGCGGCUCUGCGGGCGCGAGAGGAACCGCCUUCUUUCCUCUGGCCCUUGGUGCCCCUAGCUUGAAACUGGGAUUUGCUGAGGAAGACAGGCAGGCUGCCGGCCCCUACCCCUACUCUCUUCUCUCUAUUCUCUCCCCUGCCCCCCGCCCAACCAAGGCCAAGAAUCUUAUGGGUGACCAGAAGACAGGAGGCAUUAGCUGAGACAAGAAUAAAGCCACCACUGAAGCUGAAUGUAGAAGAUGUCCCACAGCCUCCAGGGUUUAUUCUCCUGGGCGGUGGCUCUCUGUGGUAGGGUUUUGCCCAGAUUGUUCUGUUUGUGUUUAAUGAGGUCAUUCUGAAUGAGAGAAAAUCUACCUCGGGGUGUACGGCCCUCUUUUCUUCUGUCACACGUAGAAGCUUGAGGGCCAUCUGCAGCCCUGCUGUGGAGAAGUCAGGUUGGGUUCAGGGCGGGAGGCUGGGAGACCCUUUCACUGUCUCUGCCCUUUGAAGACUAAUCCCUACUCCUGCCCCCUUCUCA